ACCUACAAAAACCAAAACUGUGAAAUAAAUUAAAUAAAUGUAAACGACAUGGAUAAUUUGAUGAGUAACUUAGUAUGUUUCAUGUUAUAUUCUUGUGACUUUAUUUCUUAUGCACUGUAUUGGCCGGCUUGUGUUGCGUUUUAAAUCACAGCACUAGCGGGCGCUGUUUCUUUUUUUUUUGAGCUCUUGUCUUGUCAUUUUAAAACAGGAAGCGCUUUACACAAGCGUCCGACAAGACGCGUUUAGCGGGAAGUUAUUGUAGUAUUUACAGCAGUGUUAGCCUUAUAGCUAUGUUCUAAAGUACUUAGCAUCUGGUGGGGAUUUGCAACGUACUUUAAACGUGUCUUUUUAAUGUAGAUGAAGAGAUAAAUAUUAUAUUCUCGGUAUGAGUUUAGAGGUGGCUUGCUUGUCGUUUCGCCAGCCGUACGCUACUCUUGUGUUGGACGGGGUGAAGACCGUAGAGAGCCGCUGGCGGCCCCUGCUGUCAGGACUGAGGAACUGCACGCUAGCCAUUCACAUCGCUCAGAAGAGCUGGGAGGGAGAGGACUGGAGACUCAUCCUCACCGAGAGACUGGGAAUGACCUCCGUGCAAACCGAGGAACUCCUGGAGUCUGGAGAAAGGUUCGGCCGUGGUGUUAUAGCAGGUCUUGUGGACGUUGGGGAGACGUGGUGCUGUCCUGAGGAUAUUCCCUGUGAAGAGAUGAGAGAGCUGGAAACUGCAGCUUGUUUGACUGAACUCAAAAUGAAAUACCUUACAAGACUCUCAAACCCCCGGUGGCUCAAUGAACCAGUAUAUUCCAGAGGCCAUAAAGACGUGUGGACGGUACACAUCCCAGUCCAUCUCCUGCCAUCCGCUCCUUCUCAACCGUAACAGUGAAGCAAAGUUUUCAGUUGUGUAUUUCUGUCUGAUAUAUAUAUAUAUAUAUAUAUAUAUAUAUGAGAUAUGCCUCCCUUGAGAUCUGCAAUCCUAGGUGUACAAGCUGUUUUUUUUUUUUUUUUUAUUAAAUAUAAAAAAUGCAUUUGUUACAUUUAAAUGGUGUUAGUUUAUAGUGAGGUUUCUUGGAACAUUAAAUUAGUACACAGAUGUGUAGAUGUACGUGUUAUUUCAGGGGAAGCGAGCAUUCAACACUUAAAAGAUGAUUAAAUAAAUUUCAUAUUAUGCGAGCAUAUUCAUCUUAUUUCUGUUUUCCUUAUUACCUGGGAAUAGCUGAGAAGCCAGAAUUUGGGAUUUGGAAAGGAUUAGGAGGAAGAAAAGAUUUGUUCAAAGCCAGAUGGGCAUUCACCAUUAAUCCCCACAAAAUGCGGU